UUUUUUCAACACCCACCCCUUCACUUUCUCAUCCGCCCUCGCCUUUGUUCGCGUCCUGUUGAAGUCGGCGAGCUCGCCCACAGUUCCAUGCCCUAGAACCCUUUCCGUAAGCGAAACGAAGCAAGGACGGUUGGAGAGAUAAAUAGGACUCGAGGGGAAGCCUCGCCAUAGAACCUGGGAGAUCAGGGGGCGGAGAGAAGGGUCCAAGAUGCCGGACUACGGGGAAAGAUACGAAGGCAACGACGACGGGUACACCGGUUACCGAGGCGCCUCUCCUCCGCCGAAGAGCAGCGGCUUCGACGACUUCGGUGAUUCCAGAUCGCAGAAUGAUUCUCAUGAACAUGAAAGGAGGUCCUCAAAAAGCAGAGAAAGGGACAGAAAUAGGAUGCACGACAGGGAUAGGGAUCGGGACAGAGAUAGAGAUAGGGACAAGGAUAGAGGUCGGGAAAGAGAUCGUGAUCGCAGAGACCACAGAGACAGAAGUGAAAGAAGUGAUCGUGGCCGGGAUAGAUCUGAUCGCAACCGAGACUAUGAUAGGCAUAGGGACUAUGAUCGUGAUAGAGAAGGGCGUCAUAGACAUCGUUCUCAAUCUCCAUCUCGAUCAAAGGGUAGAUCUGGUCAUAGAUCAAGAUCUCGUUCUCGUUCCCGUUCUGGAUCAAAAAGCAAACGAAUGAGCGGUUUUGACAUGGCUCCACCUGCGUCUGCUCUGAUUCCUGGUGCAACUGCUGCAGGUCAGCUACCUGGAGCCACACCAGCCAUUCCAGGAAUGUUUCCAAAUAUGUUUCCUCUAGGAGCUGGACAGUUCCCAACUCUUCCUGUUAUGCCAGUGCAAGCAAUGACUCAGCAGGCUACUCGACAUGCUCGACGUGUGUACGUUGGUGGCCUUCCCCCUACUGCAAAUGAACAGGUUAUUUACCCUCGGCAUUUUCUAUUGUUUAGAGUUAUUCUGUUUGAGUGCAAGUUAGCUUUACAUUUGCAUGUGCUUAACAUACAUACAUACAUACAUACACACAGGAGCGGCCCAAUGUAUUUGGGGGCCUAAGGCCGUUUUGUCUUU